AUGUCCGGUGUACUGAAGGCGCUGCUGAAGCGCGAGAAGCAGCUGCAUCAUUUUACUGAGUUAAUUGACCGCUUUCUCCACAACUUCGAUGAAGAGCGUGAUUCCCGACAGCUUAACGAAGAACUGAAGGAAGUUGCUGGAAAAGAUCCCACGGUGAAAGAAGAGGCAGUGCAGGCUCGCGAAGAUAGCAAUUUCCAGGUGAUGCAUCAGUUUUAUGAUAGGUUUUGCAAUCUUAAGGCGGAAUUGAUAGAGCUUCAAGCGGGGACGGCCCAUUUGUUAUCAGGUUCCGAUAACCACCAAGCAGCAGGACCGGUCUCACGAGUUAAGCUACCUGACAUUCGGCUGCCUUCGUUCAGUGGAAAAAUUCGCGAGUGGGUGACGGUUAGAGACACUUUUCGCAGUCUUAUCGACAACAACAACCAACUGACCGAUGUAGACAAAUUUACGUAUCUCCGAUCUUCGCUGUCUGGUGACGCAUUGCAGGAGGUCAGUUCAUUGGAGCUUUCGGCAGACAAUUACAGCGUAGCGUGGAAGGCACUGGUGAGGCGCUACGAGAACAAGAAGCUGAUAAUGAAAGCUCAUUUAGACGCACUAUUUUCACUGGAGACUCUGAAGAAGGAGAGUUACGACGGAAUUAAUCAGCUCAUUGGGGAGUUUGACAAAAAUCUGCAGAUGCUGGAGAAAAUCGGAGAGAAUACGGCUGGGUGGAGUACUCUUUUGGCGUACAUGCUAUGUUCGCGCCUGGAUUCUGCUACUCUUCAUCUCUGGGAGACUCAUCACGGUUCUACUGAAGUCCCACCGUAUGAUAAAGUGAUCGAGUUCCUCCGAAAUCAUUGCUCUGUACUACAGUCGAUCAGCACAUCAAGACCUUCCGUUCCAGAUCAUCGACCAACAAAGACUUCAUUCUGCCAUACUACAGCGAGAUUGCCUGGCAGAUGUCCGUUCUGCAGUGAGUCGUGGCACACUGCUUUCCAUUGCAUGAAGUUCCAACGAAUGAAGGUUCCAGAAAGAAGUGAAGCUGUGAAUAAGAACAUGUUGUGCCGCAAUUGUCUGAGCUCUGGUCAUUAUGCACGAUCUUGUGAUAAAGGAGUCUGCCAUCACUGUCGUCAGAAACACCACUCCAUGCUGCGCAUCAACCAGCAUUGUCUCAUGUCUAAAGAGUUCUCAACGAAGCUGAAGUUCGACGAGUUGUCAUCAUUUUUAGCUGUCCAAGGAAUUGGGUCAGCUCGUUCGUUGUCCACCAAAUCUGUUCAGGCAGAAGUGAGCCCGAGACUGUCAGACAUCUCACACUUUGCUGAACAGAUGCAGUUUCACGUGUUGCCGAAGUUGACCAUAGCCUUGCCCACCGCCAACAUUGAUCCACACCAGUGGAUUCUUCCGGAGUCAACCCUCAUGGCGGAUCCACAAUUUCACAAAACUGGUCCUGUUGAUGUCAUCAUCGGAGCAGAAUACUAUAUGGAUUUGCUAAAGGAAGGCCAACUGAAGGCGACAAGUGAAGGGCCCACGUUGCAGAAUACCGUUUUUGGCUGGAUCGUAUCUGGUCGAGUUCCCAAUACCUCUUCUUGCAGACUAUCGUCGGUGACCCAUGCGUGUUCCACUGCGGAUAUUCAAGACCAGCUUACCAGGUUUUGGGAACUGGAAACAUGCCGCACCAGAAGUACGCACUCCCUCGAAAAAUCUGCAUGCGAAGACCAUUUCGAGAAGACAACAGUGAGAGACAGUAAAGGUAGAUUUGUUGUCACAUUACCCAAGAAGGAAUGUGUCAUCAAUCAGCUUGGCGAAUCCAAAGAGAUAGCAGUACGACGUUUUGCGGGAUUGGAGAAAAGAUUUGCUGCGAAUCCGCAGUUGAAGCAGCUGUACACCGAGUUCAUCAGCGAGUAUCAGAACCUCGGUCAUAUGGUGGAAGUCGUCAACGAAACAUCGAGCGGUAUAGAAUAUUAUUUACCUCAUCAUGCAGUCUUGAAGCCGGACAGCACAACUACGAAGCUGCGAGUAGUCUUCGACGCAUCUUGCAAAACGAGCACAGGUGUGUCUCUCAACGACGCCUUGAUGGUGGGUCCGGUAGUGCAAGACGAUUUGCUGGAUCAUUCUACGAUUUCGAUUGCAUCGGUACGCGAUAGUGGCAGACGUCGCAAAGAUGUAUCGCAUGGUGAAUGUUACAGCAGAUGA